AUGGCCUACCUUAAACAACAUGACCUAAUCACAGUCAACCAACAUGGAUUUCAAAAAGGAAAAUCAACCAUAUCAGCAAUUAUUAGCCUAGUAGAAUCAAUCAUUGACAGCAUAGAUGACGAAAAGUACGUAACAGCCCUAUUUCUUGACUACAGCAAGGCUUUUGACUGUCUGGGACAUGACCUAAUCUUAAAAAAGCUGGAAAAUCUGGGAGUAAGAGGCAUAGAGAACAAAUGGUUCUCCAGCUACCUCCGAGGAAGGUCACAACUUGUGGAGGUACAGCAUACUGAAUCUUCCAUCACCAGAUCGUACACAUCAACUCCAAAACCACUGGCACGAGGUGUGCCUCAAGGAUCG